UCCAAAUUUAGUUAAGAAAAAGCAACCGAAAGCAUAGGACGUGUGUAUAUUUUGUUAAAAUCGGACGGGCGCGUGUGUAUUCCCACAAAAUACUACAACAAAAAAAUCUUAAAUAAAAAAUAUCCGCGAUCAUAAUUUUGAUUGCGAUUGAAGAAAUAAAAAAAAAAAAUGUGCCAAAAUGUUUAUUAAAUAAACAAAUAUACGUGCCAGUAAAAUAAAUUACACACAAAAUAGUGAGUGAAGAAAAUAAAAAUUAGAAAUCGGAAAAUUGUAUUUACAAAAUCGUUACAAAUGGUUUGAGUUUAACGACAAAAAAAAAGUUAUCGACGAUAAAUUUUUGAAUUAAGUGGAUAAGGACGAACUAGGAGGAACGAGUGAAGGAGAUUUUAGCAGCUCUUUCACGAAUUUGGAUUUAAUUCGUUUUUUAAAUUUUGACAAGUUUGAGCUCAACAAUCCUAUGAUGAAGGGUUGGUUCGACGCAUUUCGAGACGACGGUGGACCCACCUUAUAUUCAUUUUCAAAUCGGACGCCGGUCACUGGAGAUGUAUCAAUUGUAGCUGUAUCAGUCUUAUUUGCAACAUUUUACGUUGCCUUCUUAGUUAUAUUUCCAGGUGUAAGAAAACAGAAAUUCACAACAUUUUCGACCGUGACAUUAAGUUUAUUUGUCGGACUAGUCAUAUUAAUAACAAGACUCGGUUCAGCAUGGCAUGUAGCGAAUACAACAAUCAUCGCACCAUAUAAGGCGUUUUCACGUGAAAAAUUGCCAGCACGAAUCGGGACGCAUAUAGGAUUAAUGCAUGUUAAUGUCACAUUGGCAGCCAUUCCAGUUGGCAACUGGACUCCACCCGACAUUGAUUACAAUGAACGUUUCACCUGGGAAGGUGCCACCGACAUGAGCACCAAUUAUCGUGAUGCUCUACAACGAGGCUUGCCAUAUCCAAUUUUGACAGUUGCUGAAUACUUCAGUUUAGGCCGAGAGGGUUUCUCUUGGGGCGGACAAUACCGUGCCGCUGGAUACUUUGCCAGCAUUCUCCUCUGGACCUCAUUAGCUUCAUGGUUACUGAUGAAUUUGCUGCUAAUUGCUGUUCCUCGAUAUGGAGCCUAUAUGAAGGCAUUGACGGGACUAUUACUAGUCAUCACCAAUAUUGGUUACUAUUGUCUAUUGCCAGAUAGACCAUUGACAAUCUACCUUGAAGGUGGUAAACUUGAAUUCCAUCUAGGGUGGUGUUAUUGGCUGUUGUUAGUUGCAGGUAUUCUCUGCUUUGUAGCUGGGGUGCUCAUCUCUAUUAUUGAUCUAGUGUGGCCACACACUUUUUCGACAGUCUUAGAAGUCUAUUAUGGCACGCCUUAUGACAGGCAUGUGAUUCUGGAGGAGUCGAGUGAUGUUCGUUUUAGAAAACGCAUCAGCAAUAGAGGUCUUGAAGAUCCUCCAGGUUUGGGAUCUCGAAUUUUGAGAAGACUUUCGUCGAAAGCACGAGACUCAACGACGGGUUUUUCAAAUACCGCUGGAGUUUCGAGUGGAGUUGAAAAUAAGGGCUUCCAAGGUGAUGUACCGAAGAGUCCUUGGCGAUAUCCUUUUAGAAGGGCGCAGCAGCUACCACCGCAUCCUAUGAGUAUGCAACGUACCAUGUCACAAGACUCUGGGUCGAGUAUAGCCUCGGCAGCAGUACAGAUCUCACCAAUGCACAAACAGGCUUUAUCAAGAAUGUUACCUAAAAUCCCACAUGAACGACCAAGAGACAUUGAUCACUGGUGAUAAAAAGUAUCAAAAUUAAUUUGUAAUAUACAUCAAUUUUUUUUUUUUGACAAAAAUAAUGAAAAACUGUUUGGAUUUUAAUCUCCAAAUAAAUUAGUAUGACCAGCGAGAUAUUUUCAAACAGUUUUUCAAAUUUUGAUUUUAAGACAAAAUAAAAAACAAAAUCACAUACCUGACAAACAAAUUAUACGAAAAGAAAGAAGAAAAUUUAAUUUUAAGUAAAUUAUUUUAUUAUUUUUAACAAAUUGGACUAAAAACUUGACAAAAAAUUAAAGAAGAAAAAAAAAAAACAAAAACUCAACGAAACUCUCCAUACUAGAAUUAGACAAACAAAAAAUUAUUACUUAUAUAUAUUAUUUGUGUGUAAACUAAGUGAUGAUGUUGUGAUAAUGCUUACAAUUUAAAUAAAUAAAAAAAAAUUAAUAUUUAGUUUUAAGUAAAAACAAAACAAAAAAGUAUUUAAGCUUGACGAAAAAAAAAAAAUAA